AUGGUUUCCGCUGAAGAGCCCGUAUCGAAAGCGGGAGCCGAAUUCGAGCAAUGGAUAAAAACUUUCGCAGAUUACCUGAAAAGCCUCAACACUACCGUUCAGAACAAAACCGAGACAGACUACAGUAGUAUCUCCCUUUCGGAUCGCUUGAACAAUAAUUCCCUUUGGCCCAAAAUAUCAAAUGCCCCACUAGAUGAGUUUCUGGAACGCCUAGGCGAAUGCUUUGAAAGGGCCGUUCCGGCCAAUCUGGAGGAAAUUCCCCGGUCAGAUAGUACACCGCUCUGGCUAUGCAACAAAAGGCUGCACAAUGGCUGUAUUCCCGUCCCCGAAGACCGUAGAUGGCAUUGCAACGACCAUAUUCUGGGGAUAUGGGUAUGGUACGGAUGGUACCUUGUGGUAUCCCCUCUCUUUCCACAAUGUGACCCUGAGUUUGUUCCAAAGUUUGCUGUCUAUGGACUCUCAGACUGGGGGCAUACACCUACCCUUUUGAAGAAAUUCAACCCACCUAUGUUUCACAAUGAUCAAGAAAUCUUGGAAUCGGCGCGAAGGUCUUUCUGUAACGGGUAUGAUAUUGCGCGAACCGUCCCAUUCUCACUUUGCGAAUUGGGGUUUGAGACAAUCUUCAGAAGGCAUAGUUGCUCUAAAUGGGACUACUCAGAUUGGACAACAGUCGCACUCAUGGAUGCGAAGAUUGUCCCGCAGGUUGCAAGUUUGGAAUGGAAUAUCAAACCCGGCGGCAUCAGUGGAAUCUUUUCAAAUCAUCUGCGACUUCUACAUGAUAUUACAGAUUAUGCCGCGGACGUAAUCCACAGCGAAUGUGCAAACACCCGGAUACAGCAUGACCUAUCUUGCUCUCUAACCGGAUGUAUAUGGUCUGAGAUCAAUCGCUUGACGGCUCGCAUCGACGCAUAUUUUGGACGACCUCUGGUAAAUCUCUAUGUGAGCGCAGCCUUUUGGUGGCAACUUUCAAUGGGCCGAUACCACAUUAUGCCGAAACUCUGCUAUGCCGUCCGGCAUUGUAAAAUUCCGACACCAACGGAUUGCCCUUGGACUGGAUUCCCAUCACACCCCGUGGUCUACGAUAUAUUACAAAACCCCGACCCGGUUUCUGGAUUAGAAGUUUGUCGUGGACCGUGUGUAGAAAUCGGAUCAUGGCCGAAGAGUUAUGAUGAAGUGGCUAAAAUGACGGAAGCAGCUUUCCUAUGCAUAUUCGAUCCGGCUGUUUGCUAUGGGUGUGCUUUGAAGGUAUCGGAUCAUCUAACAGGCUCAAUUCAGCAACUGCCACCGAUUGAAGGAAUAAAAUUCUUUCAAAGCGGUAUGUCUUGGAUGUGGGAGGGCCCGGUUCUCACACUAUAUUGGAAGGCGGCAGGACACAUGGCUGGAGUGAUAGCGCCCCCGGGUUCUCAUGACGAGAAAACUUGCAUGUUUACUUGA